AUGAUUGUGGACAAGUGGUUCACAAAGGAUUAUAUGCAGGAACACGAAGCCUGCCGGGAGCGUGCUUUGCAGGCGACAGGCCCCACACACCAUCAAGGCAGCCGUAGCCUCGCCGCAUACAAGCAAGCAUGGUCGGCGUCGCAUGGUGGCCAGCCUUUGUCCACGUUCAUGGCAUAUGGACUGGCCCGCAAGGGAAAGGCGACUUCCGAUGCCACCUUCAACCCGGAUGACCCGCCCGAGUCAUACAGCAAUCCGAGCUCCCACACCCGCAUCAGUUCCUAUGCAUCGGAGGCAAGGUCGGUCCAUGGGCCAGAGUGGGAUCCGAGCACCGACGACAUUGAUGGGUCGAUGGUUAUGAGGAUCGGACAAGGCAAGAAGCAUGGACGGUACUGGCUUGGUGAUGGCACCCUUGAGUCCAGCUCUGUUCCCACCCUCUCCCAGAUCCGAGCAGAGACCCCGAGCGGAGGCCCAGCCAUACGCCAACGGCCGUCUCCUUCACAGCAGCGGGUCGAUGAACUUAAGGCCGAGAACGAGAGGAUGGCUCAGGAGCUGCGGGACCUAGCGGCGAGGACCGAGCUCGCCGAGCGGGAAAGAGAGGCUGAGCGGGCCGAGCGCGAAAGACAAGCCAAGCAGCUAGCGGAGAUUACGGCGUUUUUGCAGAGCUUUGGGCAAGUCAACGGUGUAGAUGUGCCACAGUUCGCUCCACCGCCGCUACUUCUAGCUAGUCCUCCUCCGUCGGCGGGUUCAAAUAACCCAUCUCAGGCGCAAGCAGGCGACGGCGCUUUUCCUUCACCGGGCACUCAGUUUUCCCCCCACCUCUAGUUUGUUUCUCUUUUUCACGACUUGAUGGACAUGUGAUGCACUGUGAACGACUAUCGACUUGUGAUGAUGGAUAUUGGAACUAUUAUGUUUGCGAUGUCGUGUAUGCAUGUGA